UCCAGGAACCAUUUGGAUUCAGAGAUCUUGAUCAUUCGAAAUACUGCCAAUGAGAGUGCUCUGUGUUCAUGGGCAAUCUUCAACUGGUCCUCUGCAUUCUAGCUUAUGGCUGUGAGAGUAAGAAACCAUCACAAUUAGAAACGGUCUGCUGUUUGUGGUUAGAUUUGCAAGAAGACAUCAUGGCAGUCAGCUCUUUGGGGACAUUUGUAGAUUCUUGUCAGCAUGAUGCUUUUUUGUUGUAUUUCUUUACAUUCAUUCUCUGCUAGGUACAAUCGCACAGUGCGUUCUGGCCUCUUGUAUGAGAUGUAAAUCCAUGGUUUGCUUGGUCAUGCAGAUCUGAAAUCGGCUCUUGGGAAGCAAAGGAGAGAUGGGAAAGGCGCCCCUUUGCAGCCUUUGACCAGCAUGCAAAGAUAUCAUAUUGGUCGGCUAGUUGAGAAAUAUGGAGACGAUUACCAGGUCGGUUAAUAACCUCUCCUGUUAAUGCGUUACUUUCUGUGUUUGCCCCCAACCCUCUAGAACUCACUCCUUUGUUUUGCUUUUCCAGAAGAUGUUUAUGGACUCGAAACUGAACGCGAUGCAGCAUUCGGUUGCAACUCUUGAGAAACUGUGCAAGAGAUAUCACAUGUACAAGGACAGAAAUCCCUUGAUCGUAUCUUAGGUGUGAGGCAAAUUGAUUAGAGAUAUGUAUGAAACUGGUUGAUUUAGUAUACUCUGUUAUUAAAUCCACAUGUAUCUCCUUUUAUUUUGUUUGUUGAGUUUUGAUUAAUGCAAAACACAAUGUUGGAAUCUCCUUAUAUUCUCCAACAAGUGAUCAACUUUCACGCCAAAGAAAAGUAAUAUACCUUUGGUUUAGCACGAUUCUAAGCUCUUCCAAGUGCACAGCAGCUUGGAAAUUUCCAGUCUGCAUCCACGUAAAGAUGAGCUAGAUAUCAGAGCAUAAAAUCUUAAACAGGUGGCCAUGUGUAUUGUGACUGAACUUCGCAAUUUACAGGGUGAACCGACGACAGGAUGUGUCGAAUGUUAUCAUGGUGUGCAUACAAUUGUUAUGCCUACCCGUUGUCAAUUAUGCUAAGUGAGUUGGAUAUUAGUUCAUAAGCUUUCAAGGAAACGUGUUGAAAUCAAAACAGGCCACGAGUUCUCUAACGAACUGACAAAGUUAGUGCAUGGGUUGUCAAACACCACGGAAUUCCGACCUCCGUUGUGCUUGGUGCAGUUUUGGUGGGAGUUGUUUGCUAUGGAUAACACUUACAUCGACAUGAGCUCGGCUUAUCAUCCCCAAUCUGAUAGCCAGACGAAGGUCGCGUAUGAAAGCAAUAUUUAAGGUGUUAUGCACACUAACUAGCAGCAGUUGACUAUGCUACCGUGGGUGGAGCUAUGGUGCAAAACACCUUGUUUCACCGACGGCACGAUAGGAACGACAACGUUUCAGGCCCUUUAUGGAAGAUAGUUGGACCAUAAUAAGUUAUUGUCAUGAGCAAGAGCUCAAUUUCAGGCUGUGAAUGCAAUAUUUACAUCCCCGAGAUAUUUUAUGCUUCAGUGAUGCAAACACGCCCCCAGGAAGAUAUAUCAGAAUCCACAGAGAUAAAGAAGAAGCUAUUUGAUGGCGGCAAGUGGCGAGAGAGUGACGGCUCGAUCGUUUACGAAUCGAAGGAUCUGGUUCUGCCUGCAACUACCGUCUUCUCUUCUCGCCUCUCUCUCCUUUGGUACGUGUAGCGUACGCAAUAAAAAGUCCAAAAUUGAUCAGUCUUCUUAUCUAUUGGCUUCCUCUCCUUUGUUAUAUAGAGAAGAAAAUUUCAACACUAAACGAAUAGGAGCAGCGCAGGCAGCCGCAACCGCAACCGCAACAGAAGACAGCUAGUUGAAGGGCGAUGGCGGAGAAGCAAGUGAUGGUGGUUGGGAUCGACGACAGCGAGCACAGCGUCUACGCUCUGCAGUGGACUCUGGAUCAUUUCUUCACUCCCCUCCCCGCCGACGCCUCCCUUUUCAACCUCGUCCUCGUCCACGCCAAGCCUACCCCCACCUCCGUCGUGGGUCUCGCUGGCCCUGGCGCCGCCGAAGUGCUGCCGUACGUGGAUUCCGAUUUGAAGAAGAUCGCCGCCCGAGUUGUGGACAAGGCCAAGCAAAUCUGCAACGAUCACAAAUCGGUGAAAGAAGCAGUAUUCGAAGUAGUGGAAGGCGAUGCGAGAAACGUUCUUUGUGAAGCUGUGGAGAAGCAUGGCGCUUCAGUACUGGUUGUGGGCAGUCAUGGUUAUGGAGCUAUCAAAAGGGCGGUUUUAGGCAGCGUGAGCGACUACUGUGCUCAUCAUGCUCACUGCACUGUGAUGAUCAUCAAGAAGCCUAAGCACAAGCAUUGACCCAUCCACUCCACCACCAGCUGCUGCUGCGUUUUAUCAUCGAUCGCCACACAACGCCAUGCCAUGCCUGCCUGAUACGCCAUAAUAUAUCCUCAUUUGUGUCUCUGUAUUAAAAAUAAGGAUUGGAGAGGAGAGGAGAGGAGAGUUGGUUUAUCUGAUCUCUCUCUCUCUCUCUAUAUAUCUCACAGUCUCGUCUCUAAAUGUAUGUUCAUCCGGUCUCCCAUUGCAGCAAGGCUGUUGUACUGCCCCUCUUUAACACCUAUGAAUGAAUGCCUAUUUGUGCCCUGUUAUAUAGUAAGCGUCACCUGUGCUUCAAAUUAACCUUCAAAUCAGUGCGUGAGAUUACGUUAACCCAUGAUUCAUCAGCUGCAUGCCUGAUGAUCCUGCUGGUAGCAGCAGCCUUCACAAUUACCGAGUUGUUGUCUGAAACCUUGGCAACUAACUGAAAAUUUGAUCAUAACCACCUCCACACAAUGUAAACAACAGGGCUACUAAAGGUCGUUAAUUUGACAAUGAAGAAGAAUUCCAAUUCCAACAUCUACCUUCAACGUCUGUGGUUCCUUCAACAUCAAUUUCCCAAAGUAAUAAUCCACAACAUUAUUGCACGAUAUUAAAGAAAGCAAAGCAUCCUCGCAGCUCUCCAUUCAGUAUAACAUCAAAAACCAGUUCGCAGGAACAAGCUCGAGUGUGCCGCAAUAGAACAACAAUACCACCAACAUCUCGUUUCACAUUCUUUAUUUGCCAAAAGUUAUCAGAAAACAAUCAAGAAACGCUACGCGUGGAGGCUAUGCUUUUCACCACCACCACCCUCCUUAGCUUCUCUGGCAGCAGCUCGUAUUUUUCGCUGCUCCUCUUUGUAAAUCCGGUUCCUCCGCUGGAACUGCAGCCAUCAGCAUACACAUGGAAUUAGAUACACAUCAUGCUAGGAAGGAACCAACUACAAAAUGCCAGCAUAACUACUUCCUGCCAGAGUUAUAUUGCUGCAACACUGGCAGCUAUGCCCACUUCUAAACUUUUUCUGUUGCUAUCGACAAUAGAUCGAUAAAACUCCAACAGACAACCUAGCUACAAGUGAUCCUCAAAUCACAUUAUUAUACUUGAAUAUAUAUAGGAUUAUAGU